AUGAAGAUCCCACCUGGCCCAGUCGGCUCCGCGCGGCACGGCGGCCCGCCGCUGAAAAUCCUCCCCUUCCUUGCACCCAGCGCUCACCGCUGUGCCCACAAUGCGACCCACCCUGCAGCAGCCAUCGGCUUCGCAACAGACAGCGAGCGACUGAGCCUCCUAGAGCCCCAUCUCGCCCGAGGCCGCGCCUCACCUGAGCGUCAACGCGGCCGCGGGCUGAGGGGCCGGUGCAGCCCCGUCACCGGAGCAGUUCCCCAAGCGAUCACCGUAGCGGGCACUACGGGACGGUGCCCGCCCACGCGCAGCCGCUCUUCGAACCCACCAAUCGCCGUGCGCCCGCCUGCCCGCCCGCCGGGGCUGCCCUCCCCAGCAGCAGGGCCGCCAACGGCUCUGCGCACGGCCCACCCCGCCGCCGGAAGGCCGCAUCAUUCACACGAGCCAAUGGGGAGGGAGCCAGGGGCAGGACGAGGUGGCGGGCCGGGACCUCCCCAAGAAGCGGGGAGGAGGGAGGCGGGGAGCGCGCGGCCGCCACCGCACCUGGACCCCGAAACUGGCUAUGAGACUACAAAAAAGUGCAAACAAUCAGACUGAAUGAAACCCCAAAUGAAUAGUUCAUUUUCAGAUGAACUGGCAUGUAUCACAGAUGCAACUGAUGAGGACCAAGAUGACUUACCAUAUGAUGGAGAUGCGGAAAUAAGCUGUAAAUACAAUAAUAAUUCAAAUUAUUUAAGUGACUGCACUUGUAAAAAAGCUAUUCCUGGUAUUUUAAACUUAGUCUGUUCUGAAGAUAACAAAACCAUCAAAGCAACAGCAAAUUAUGAAACUCAUCCACAAGCAGAAGAAUUCUUCAAUCACCAUAGAGGUGCCAUAGGAACAACAGAAAGUUCAUUUGCAACACUGGGAAAUGAAGCUGCCUUUAAGAAGGAAUUACUUGUUGGUAGUUCUAGUAUACCAGGCAACAAAGACCAUCUAACUUGCUCAAAAAUAUCCAAUGUCCUUUUGCGUCAUUUUUCCAAGGAGGAGUUAACACACACAUGCCAGUUAAUUGAAUGUGAGACAAUACCAGACACAUCCUUUACUGAAAGCAUUGAUGACACUGUGACCAAACCUGAACUUUCAGAACACCUCAAAAGCCCUUCAGCAUAUGAACAUUGUGCAACUAGCUUUGAAGAAAGUAAUUUAGAAAAGCACAAGGAAGUAAACACUGGUGAUAAAAAUCAAAAUUCAGUAAAUGAAGAUAGAUGUGUUUCAAAGAAGCCUGUUUCAUCUACUGUUAAGGGUGGGUGCAGACAAGAAAAUUCACAACUAAUUACUAUGAGUGAAGAUACACACACCUUUCAACACAUGGAAGUAGAGAGUGCCCCAUUUAAGAAAAGAGUUUCAUUUCACGAGCUCAAAUACAGUCAAGGUCAUGCUCACUGUUCCCUUCUCAACUUCUCCAAAGCUGCUUCAGAAGUUAAAUUACCAAAACCAAGUGGAAGCAUUAACUCAGUCCCUACAAGUGAAAGAACAAAACCCUUCCCUAUUUUGCCAAGUAAAUCACUAACUAAGAAUGACAUUGUAGAAAACAACAACUAUUUAAAUUCUGAAGUAGAGAAUCAAGAAGAAAUGAGCAUUCCAGAACUGUUGCAACAGCUAGAGAAACUUCCUCACUCAGAUUUUCCAGAUGCCAGUACUGCCAUUUACUCUGGAGGCACCAAGAUACCCUCUGAAGUCUUUACAUUACACAACCCUAUCCCUAUACAAUCUACACAUGGUUUGUCUAAAGCAAGAUCACAGCAUGGAACAGCAACAGCACUACCAGCAGCUGGUACAGUAGAAGCACACUGUCUAAACCCUUCCAACUUACUGCCAGAACUAACACUAGGAGAACACAUGUCUCAAAUACUAAAGGAUCAGACGGACCAACUGAUAAAAAAGGUGGAAAACUUCUCUCAGCGUGUGACCCAAGACACAUUCCUUUUACAAGACAACUAUCUGGUAUUAAAUCAAUUGAAAAGAUACCUUGAUGCCUUGGAAAGGAAUUACUUAACAGCUAAAGAACACCAUCAUCAUUUACAGCUGCAGAACUACAAGGACAAGUCUAUCAACAUUGGAGAGUUUGAUCCUGAAAGAAAGGUGGAAGGGGAAAUAUUUAGACUCGGCAUGCUGCUUGAAGACCUCCAAGAACAAACUGAUGACAGCAACUGCAACUUGUCAUCCUUGCCUGAUUCCUAUAAAUCUGCCUAUUCAUCAUAUUCUCCUUGUGAGAUCUCAAUAGUUUCAAGCAUUGCUGAUCCUCCAGAAAGAAGAGGCAUUGAUACUGCAUUUCUUCACGAGAACAAUGCAGGAGAAAAACAUAUGUGCAAUUUUUGUCUCCACCUGUUACAAAACAGAGCUGAGUUAACAUACAGAAGAGACACAGAGCCUCUGGGAAAAGGAGGUCUGCUAGCAAACAAACAUUCUUACAACAUAAUGAGGUUCCUUUCACCCGAGGAAAAAUAUGCUGUUGGAGGUCUUGCAUCCCACAGCCAGGGUGCACAAAGCGAAAAAUUAAAUGCUGAUGAAGGAAGUAUGAAAGGAAAUAUAAACAUCCAGGAAAGGAAAACGGGAACAUGUUCACUCUUCGCUCAGAGAAAACCAACUGAUUUGUCAGACACCAACCUGAGCAGUGAUUCAGAAGACAUCUCAGCCUGUGACUCUUACAGUGAUUCCCAAAGCAAAGAACUUGCAACCUACAAGACUGAAAGUUGUAAAUCAUUCAAUACAAGGUUUUCAGAAUUUAGAUGUACAUGCUCUAGAGGAAGCAGAGAUCAAUUCAAACUCAGGAAUUACAAAGAGUCUGUUGAGUCUUAUGCCCCGUGUAGAAAUAAAAGUUACAGUUCAUCCUCUUAUUCACAGAAGGCAAUCUCCACUCAAAGGGCUCAAAAAACCAGAAUGUCAUCGGAACUUCUAAACAGACUUUCUGGAAGGCAAAACUUUGAGGCUGCCAAAACCUGCUAUUCAAGCACAUAUGAUAAAAUUAUUCCUUCACAUCAAUAUUUGUCCACCAAGAAGUCUGCCCAGAGCAGAUCUGCAAUCAACAUCAGAAACGCCAAUGAUUCUAAAGCAAAUAUCUUAAGUUUUACUCUGGAUCAUGCCAUACAGACAGCAAACAGUUUGAAGAAAGCUACAGAAAAAAUGGUACGAGCAGUUUCAGAAGAUUUAGCUAAAGUUAAAAGGAAACAGCUUUAA